AUGGAUACGUUCGUGUCGCGCAAGAGGAAGUGGGUUGAAGGGCCACCCACAUCAGUGGCGAGCACAGGCACGCGGCCUUCGGAGGAUAAAGACCCAGAAGAAGAGUCUACCGAUUUCAAGCUGGCCUUGCUGGCAUCUCUACAUCCUACAAUUGAUGAAGCGACCUUGCUUGAGGCAUUGCUCGCCUCCGAUGGGGCUGUUGAAAAAGCCUCAGAUUGCCUAUCGCGGCCUCAGGUUACAUCCCCAAGAAAGCGACUCGCAUCGUCUACAGUGGGCUAUCAAUCAUCCCUGAGCUCCUAUCGCAUUUCUCCAGCCAACGGCACGUUGACUAAGAAGCCACUUGUACGAAAAGGGAAGACGCUUUUUCUCUAUAGCCCAGAAGACAUCGAAGCACAUACGCCUUGUUCCAUUAUACAUAAUUUCCUUCCGGUAGAGCAAGCGGAUGCACUGCUGUCACAACUACUGGAAGCCUCGUCGACCUACGACAGGUAUGAGUUCAAGCUAUUUGACAGAGUCGUCGUGAGCCCGCACACCUAUUCCUUCUACGUCAACAGCUUAGAAGAGGCGGAAAGACAAAAGACAGAAUACAUCUACAAUGGUGGCCAGAUCGAGGAUGUCCGACAAAGCUUACCAGAAAUGCUCAACGCAUGCCCCCAAGUCGAAGAUGCCGUCAACCGUGAGAUCCAACGCAGGAUCCGCGACUUUUACCCCGACGGCAAGAAACUCAAGUACCAAUCCCCUCGCCCCUGGAAAGCCAACACUGCCUUCGUCAACUGCUACGACGGACCACAAGAAAGCGUCGGAUACCACGCCGACCAACUCACCUACCUCGGUCCACGAGCCGUCAUCGGCAGUCUAAGCCUCGGAGUAGCGCGCGAGUUCCGGGUCCGCAAGACUGUCGCUGAAGACGACUCGCAUCGAAAAGCCGAUGGAUCUCUCGCGGAUGCACAAGGCCAGAUCAGCAUCCAUCUGCCGCACAACUCACUCUUGGUGAUGCAUGCCGAGAUGCAGGAAGAAUGGAAGCACUCAAUCGCGCCGGCUCAAGCCAUCGAUCCUCAUCCACUCGCGAAGAACAAGCGACUCAAUAUCACAUAUCGGUUCUACAAGGAUAGCCUACAUCCGAGGUAUACGCCGAAAUGCAAGUGUGGUGUUCCGACUGUGUUGAGGUGUGCGACGAGGAAAAAGGAAUCGAGGGGAAGGUACAUGUGGAUGUGCCAUGCGGGAUACGUGCCGGGUCAAGAGAGUUGCAGCUUCUUCCAGUGGGCUGAGUUUGAUGAAGAUGGGGAGCCGCCGUGGGCGUCGAGGGUCAAGAAGGAAGGAGGGAAUUUGAAUGAGGAAGGCCAGGUGUUGAAGACGGCAACCGACAGUGCUACGUCGGCACAUGCCUCUUGA